AUGGGGGUCCUCGACAACCUGACCAUCGCCGUGACCGGCACCCAUCCCCACGAUGCCAAACAGAUCCGAUCAUGGAUCGACAAGAAUAAUGGCAGAUACUCGGUUGUUGUCAAUAAAAACGUUACACACCUCAUCGCCAGCAAAGAAGCUUACAAAGCACGCAACGACGCCGUCCGCCAAGCCACUGAUCUCGGCAUUGACGUUGUCAGCUACGACUGGUUCGACGACUCUCUUCAGGCACGUAGAAAAUUGAGUACUAGGAGGUACAAAUGGGAAGUUCUCACAAAAGAGAGGAGAACCAGGAAAGAACUCAAGAGGUUGGGAAAGGCGGCCGAUGGUAAGAAAUUCAGAGACGGUUGUGCGAGGAUCAAAGAGUUGACUGGUUCAGGUACGUCAGAUUCCACUGCUGUCAAGCGCAAACCCAGAAAGAACAAAAGCAAGAGCUUUUUCUUUGAUACGUCAGACCCUGUUGUCCCUCCCACACUGUUUGUUUCUGCCAAAGAAGAUCUCUUGCGCAGGAAGGCUGAGAGGGAGACUGCAAAAGCAGAUGGUUCUACGGCAUCUGGGGAUGAUGAAGUAAACGAGUCAGAGGGUGUUACCCCUACUCGGACCACCUCAUCUACAACUGCAUCUACCCCCAACUCCGCCCCUCCCAACAAACCAUCUCCCAUCAAAAAGCCUCAGCUCCUACCUCCUUCCCCCUCCACUAUCCAAACACUAGCUAAGAAACCCCACUGGAAAGACUCCUACCACUACUACCACGACCAAACCGGUUUCGAAUACAAAAUCUUACUCGUCCGCAGCGACUUGACCACGGCCGGCUUCUCCCAAUACAACAUCGGACUCUUGGAAAGCCACUCCAAACCACACGUAUACUGGACAAUCGCACAGUACAAACCCGCAAAGGCAUCUCCCCAAGUAGUCGACAAUGCAGCUAGCAACAUACAUCCUGAAGCCGCCCGCCUCCAAGCCCUCAUCUCUCCUCCUUCUUUUACCAUCCCUACAUCAAGCGCGCCAUACCAAACAACGCUCUGCCCCCGCAACAGCGCUUUCGACACGGCGUAUACCGUUUUCCGCCACGCCUUCCGCGAUCUCACACUGCUCACAUGGGAAGAACGUUUCGACCCUGGUAAGAACCUACAAAAGUCCCGCGCCAUACUCUUCAACACCGAGCCCUUCAUCUACAGCCGACCCAAACCCGGUAUGCCUGUUGGUAUGUUCCCGCAGGAACAAGGUCUGGGUAUGGUGGGAGGUAAUACGCAGGAUGAGGAAGAUGGCUACAUGAGGGGUAGCUUGGGUCUACCGGGUAUGGGAGGCGUGUUGACUAGGAACGGGACUAUGGGUGCGAGUGCGUGGCUUGAUGGGGUUGAGGAGAAGGAGAGGGCAGCGAAGAGGGAGGAGGAGAGGGUUGUGCAGGAGGGGUUGAGGAAGAGGGCGGAGAUGCAGAGGAAGGGUCAGGGUCAGGGUCAGGGUGGUACGAGGCAGGUGCAGAGGUGGGGGAAGGGGGGAAGUGCGAAGGGGUAUUUUGAUCCGGCUUUUGCGCAUUUGGUGGGGAAGAGGGGGAUGUGA